CGGCUCUAUGCCUCUAUAUAUACGGGAGAUGUAAGACGCGGAUUCUUGCAUAAUAAUACCAUAUAGAAGCAUGGAGAUGGCUAAAAGCAGUGUGGAGAAUGCGCUGGUGAGGGUGGACUGUCUAACUUCCAUUAUUGGGCCUAGACUUACCAAAGAUGUGGAAGAGGCGCUGACGAAGCUCAUGAAUGAGCUGAAUUGGAUGAAAAGCUUCCUUGCCGCCGGCAAAAGAAGGAACAGCGGACAGGUGGUGGCAGCCGAUGUCUAUAUUGCGGUCACACUCCUUGGGGAUCAGGUUGAAGCACGUCUAGGCGGCGUCGGUGGGGUCGUCAAAAUCACCACCCAAGACUUGGUCGAUCUGGGCAAUGGUUUUGCCAGUCUUAGACAACAAAUGCGAGCUGGUGGUUCCUCAUCAUCAUUACUAGUUUAAGAAUUUUCGCAGGGUGUUCAAGGGUAUCAUUAGAUCUGCAUGCUCAUAAGUGCUUAUGGGGCUCUCUUCUUUUUUCUAUCUACUAUUAAAGUUUCGUGUCAAAUAAAAUGGAUAUCUGGAUCAACAUAUCUAUCUGGAUUAACUUUUGUUUUUAUAUGCGUCUGUUUAUUGUGUGUAUGUCCAGAAGAAACACUAGUAAAAUAAUAAAUUUAUUAUUACUAUAUAUUGACUUGUGUUGUCAAUGGAAGUUUCAUUUAUUACCAUAAAAUCUAUUCCAUA